AUGAAACUCUUCACACCAGAGGAGACCAAACGGGAUGAGUCGCGACAGCGAGACCACGCGUCACCCGCGGAGGGUUCCGGGUCUAAUGUAACUGUCGUUUCUGGUGUUUGCUCCGCUGAAAGAAGUGUCAUACGCGAUGCGGAACAGGCCUUUAAGGAUGUGGUGACAACCUCACUUGAGGAAAUAUUACGAUUGCGACCACGUGAACCUAUGCGGCUCCUGGUAGACAAUUUGCUGAAAAGUAGUUCAACCCAUGAAAUAGAACGUCACGAGAUUUCUGUGGGAGACGGUACGAACUGUGUUCUCUCAAAGGCAUGCACACGGAAGAAUGGAGCGGACUCGCUAUGUGUCGGUGGCCUUCCACUCCUGCGACUUAUAGCACCGAACAGUUUUGAGGUAGACGCGGCGGUUCGUUGCCUUAGCGAAACAAUCGACCCCGAUGCGAAAUUGAUUGUUUUCAUCGAACAGCCGAAUCCAUCUGUCGAUUUGUUUUUUGUGGGAGGUAUACCAUACUUCGCUAAUUUGACGGAGCAAUUAAUGGCACGGCGUCGUGACGGUAAUCCUGACACAGUUCUUGAUAGCGCCGUUGGCACUGAUAAAAUAAUAGCUCAUAUUGGAGAGGCACUGAGGUUAGGCACUAAAACAAUAAAGGAAACUAUCGGUUCACUUGCUGCAUCAAUGCAGCGGUGUUCAUUUAUUGAGCUUCCCAGGCUGCAGCGUAACUUCUUCGAGAUGUUUCAUGUCGUGGACGCUGCUCUACACUCUCGCAAGCACGACCACCUAUUUCCUCACUCGGUUACAUCUGUUCCGGGCGUUCUUCUGGUUUCAUAUAACCCAUCUACGGCUCCCAUGACCUUCACAAGGGUUAUCGCAACUGUUUUGCCGUUGUACGAAGAAGUGCAGCGCCUUAAGGUGGCGGAAACUCUUCUUGCAAAUAAAACCCGCAUACAAAAGUUAGACUUUCACUACGUCACGGAAUAUUGGAGGGGAGUGCUUCAGAGACGUGAUUCACGGGACAAAACGCGGGGAGAAUCGGUCACAGUAAGCCAGCGUGCUCCAAAGAAAGCAUCCGGGCGUAACCCCAAGGGGAAUCCACCAAAACCGAAAACAUUGCCAGUGGAGCAACUUCUAAGGGUGCAGAGGCGUGAGAGCGAGGACGCGGCGUUUCUUCGUGUUGUUCAACACCUUCAGUCGAAUGCUGUGGUGCGUAUUCAGGCGCUGUAUCGCGGGCACCGAUGGAGGAAACGGCUUGGAUCGGCAUUGAGUGACAAGUUACGGACCCGUGCCCAAACAUCUAGUGAGGCACAGUGGGUGGAGGAUCUUCCCCUGUCAACACCACCUCUCUUGCGACAGUGCGUUGAAAAGGUCAGUGCGGCACACGGUGAGUUGUUUGGCAAUUAUGUGAUAUCAUGCCCGCCCAUGCCACGCAUCGUAAAAAUUUUGAAACCUACAUCACGUGCGAUCAAGGUACGUAAAGAAGACGGCACUGAAGAUGUUGACAGCGAAGAGGAAACGUGGGAGGAGGAGCAUAUUGUUGUGCCAGUGAAUCGUCAAACGAAACCGCCACCUCACUUUAACUUGCUACGUCGCCUUAUGGAGUGCGAAUAUGCUGGUAGGUGCAACACCGUGAAGUACGCUGCUAAUAUCCAACAAGAUUGCGCCGGUCUUUCAACGCUUCAACGACGUGCAUAUGAUUGUUACAAGUCGCUGGUGCUAAAUCUCCUACAUAUUGCAUACUUGGAAUUGUAUCGCAGGGGGAGGAUACCUUUAACCGUAAGGAAUUUUGAAGAAUAUGUUAACCGCUGGCACUCGGAAAUAUUUAGCUGGUUCUCAGCGCCGCACAUUUUUUCGCGUAUCGCCCUCCGAAAGGCGAUGAAACCACCAUACCCUGUUCCGGUAAUAUGCACGAAGGAGACUUUGGAGAAGGAGCGCGUACUCAUUGUACGGGCAUACGGUAGGGGUGGGAUCUACCAUGGUCCUAGUUCGGAGAAGGGUGCCGUGAAGGAGUGUAAGGAGAGCCUAACCGAGGAAGAAAGAGAUGAGGAACAGGAAGAAUUCUUGCAAACACUACCACCCCUCCCGCCUUUAGAUUCCGGUGUGGACAACGAACAUUACAUUUCCGGAGUAUACGCAGCACCGGUCCUUCUCUCUCAAAGAUGGUGGGAAGCAACUUUGAAAAGACUAACCUCAAGCAACCGUGAAGCGAAAGUGGCUUGGUGGACCCUUUAUGAUAAUCCGGCAGUGUAUAUCAACGGUCAACCAGUCUCUUUGGUCCCUCGUCAUGAGUUGCAGGAAGUUGAAGGUCGUCCAUCCUUUGACGAACUAGUGCCGUGCAUAGAAGUAGCACGAAAAGCUCCAUGUAACUCAACAUCAUCAAAGGAAUGUUCGAACUGUGAUCCAAUAUCCCCGGCGCGCUGCCGUCGAUUUACCCUAAGUUGUGCGGGUGGCGAAACAGUGUCCCCGGAACCAACUAGCGAUCAUCGGGUUGAAGAAGGUAAGACGACACCUGGUGCGAGUGGUGCAGUAGAUGCAGCUACCGAUACCGAUGGUGAAAGCUCUGUCUCUACCUUUGGUGUUUCGCUAGAGAGCGAGGACUCUCACCUCGUACACGAGUUGCAGCAAAAUUUUCUUGACGAUCAGACGGAGACAUACCCUCAGUAUUGUACGGUAGGUCCUCUCUGUCAGUACAGUAUUCCUGCCCCUGUACAUGGUCUACAACCACUUAUUAUCGCACCGCCAAUGCCCAGUGUGCAUUGCAGCGAACACGGCUACCAGUGUAGAGAAGAUCGCAACACCUCUUCCACAGGUAUCGACUCCGCGUGCUACUUUCCGAGUGACCAUGCCGUCUCCCAUGGAAGUGAGACGGCGUUUAAUCAUCAGAACUCCGUAACACUGGAAUGGGACGACUUUUCGGUCGCAUCGCAAAGAAAACCUUCGGUUGGGCAACCGUCUCGAACAACCGCCAAAAAGAGUUCCGCUUUUGGGGAAGGCGCCAAUGUACACAACGUCGCGACCGUUAGUGCCAUGGCGACACAUGUGGGUCAGCGAAUUAUGCACGAAGGACGGUUUUUACACGAAAGACCUUGGCUCACGCCAGUUUGUAUUCGGUCGCGAGGUCCAUCCUUCUCUGAUUUUAUGAUCAAGUGUCUUCACCAGAUGCGUGACGGUUACAAGAUCGUUGUUGCAGUGGAUGAACCGUAUCAGAUCAUGUUGUUCAACGCCGUAUGUCUGUUGAAGAUGGCGGCGAAGGAAGAGGAAGAUUUAGAGAGAACCCUGGCCCCAGAUACGCCACUUCAAGAAGAAUCAGUGGUCCCUACAUUAGCGCCACAUGAGCUCCUUUCAAGCGAAACGGCGGAGUGCCUUUCCCUCUUACAACCCUUCUAUGAUGAACUGAGUAAGAGCGUUGACAACACUGUUGUUUCUGUUGAAGGGUGCGCCAUUAUGGUGCAGAAAGUAAUGAAGCGGAUGUCUCCAGGAGGACUCUUGUUUCUUGAUCAAAUUCCCAUGCUUAUGGAGCAAGCAGAAAGGGAAAAAAACCAGCGUUUGCUCGGUGAAUCCAUACUUGCAGUUGUGCAGCGGAUAGAGUUGUUUUGCUGGUUGGUAAUCUUCGAAGCGUUUCUCGCAUCAGCGAUUAGAAGUCAAUCAAACGGCAUGAAAAUUGAUGAGAUUUUGCCAAAGUUUCACACGUAUGUUAACGCUUCCAAUGUUGUGCAUUGGAUUGACUACAUCGACCCUUGGAAGGAUGUGCCUCACCGAUCGCCAGAUCCGUUUCAUUUGCGGUACAGCAAUGGGCUGCGGCGAUGGGACAAUCCAAGUUUCAUUUUUAGAGGCGCGACUGUGUUGUAG